CCAACGACCGGCACACAUGUGAUGCUGCAGAUAUAAAUCUCCUAGACCGCGCUCCAGUAGACUCACCUCCGUGACGUCUCCGCCUCCUGCUCAUCCUCCUCCCUCAUAAACAUCAUCACCAUCAUGGCCUCUACCGCCUACGUCUCCGCGGCCCGCUACGGCAAGGACAACGUCCGCGUCCUCAAGACGGACCGCGACGCCGCAACCGGCGUCCACACCGUCACCGAAAUGACCGUCAGCUGCCUCCUCGAGGGCGACAUCGACGUCUCCUACACAAAGGGCGACAACAGCGUCGUCGUCGCCACCGACUCCAUCAAGAACACAAUCUUCAUCACCGCCAAGCAGAACCCCGUCAACCCCCCGGAGCUCUUCGCCGCCAUCCUCGGCGCCCACUUCAUCGACACCUACAAGCACAUCCACGCCGCCAACGUCAAGGUCAUCACCCACCGCUGGACGCGCAUGACCAUCCGGGGCAAGCCGCACCCGCACAGCUUCCUGCGCGACGGCGAGGAGACGCGCAACGUCGAGGCGCGCAUCUCGCGCAAGGACGGCAUCGUCAUCACCAGCGGCAUCGAGGGCCUGACCGUGCUCAAGAGCACCGGCUCGGCCUUCCACGGCUUCGUGCGCGACGAGUACACCACCCUGCCCGAGACCUGGGACCGCAUCCUGUCCACCGACGUCGAUGCCAACUGGAAGUGGAAGCCCUUUGCCGACGUCAAGGCCGUGCGGGAGGCGGUUGACAAGUUCAACCCGGCGUGGGAGGAGGCCCGCGAGAUUACGCUGACGAGGUUUGCCGAGGAUGAGAGCGCCAGCGUGCAGAACACCAUGUACAAGAUGAGCGAGCAGAUUCUGGCGGCUGUUCCCGACGUGGAGCUGGUCAAUUACUCGCUGCCCAACAAGCACUUUUUCGAGCUCGACCUGAGCUGGCACAAGGGCAUCAAGAACACCGGCAAAGACGCCGAGGUCUAUGUCCCCCAGUCAAACCCCAAUGGCCUCAUCAAGUGUGAGGUCGCCCGCGGCUCUCCCCCAAGCCGUGGCUCGCACCUGUAAAAUCAAGGACUAGAGGAGGAUCAUCAUGAUUGUCAUGACCCCUGCGUCGUACGCAGAUUGCUUGUAUAGCGUAUUGGAAUUGGAU